AUGCCAGUCUGGCGCUGCACGGCACAUGCUGAUGCUGGCAACAGUUUCCUCCGAGCGGCGCGAUCGGGAAACCUCGAUAAGGCUCUCGACCACAUCAAGAACGGCAUCGACAUAAACACAGCCAAUCAGAAUGGGCUCAAUGGGCUGCACCUGGCCUCCAAAGAAGGUCACGUCAAAAUGGUGCUGGAGCUGCUGCACAACGGGAUCACCGUGGAGACCACCACCAAGAAGGGAAACACAGCCCUGCACAUAGCAGCUCUGGCGGGACAGGAGCAGGUGGUCACCGAGCUGGUCAACUAUGGCGCCAACGUCAACGCCCAGUCCCAGAAGGGCUUCACGCCUCUCUACAUGGCAGCGCAGGAGAACCAUCUAGAGGUGGUCAAGUUUCUGCUGGAGAACGGGGCCAACCAGAGCAUUCCCACCGAGGACGGUUUCACACCUCUGGCCGUGGCCUUGCAGCAGGGCCAUGAGAACGUGGUGGCCCUUCUCAUAAACUACGGCACCAAAGGCAAAGUGCGACUGCCCGCCCUGCACAUCGCUGCCCGCAACGACGACACGCGCACCGCUGCUGUCCUGCUGCAGAACGACCCCAACCCUGACGUCCUCAGCAAGACUGGCUUCACUCCUCUGCACAUCGCUGCUCACUACGAGAACCUGAACGUGGCUCAGCUGCUGCUCAACAGAGGCGCCAACGUCAACUUCACCCCAAAGAACGGCAUCACGCCUUUGCACAUCGCGUCCAGACGAGGGAACGUCAUCAUGGUGCGCCUGCUGCUGGACCGAGGAGCGCAGAUCGAUGCCAAGACCAAGGAUGAGCUGACCCCUCUUCACUGCGCCGCCAGAAACGGUCACGUCCGCAUCAUCGAGAUCCUGCUGGACCACGGAGCUCCCAUCCAGGCCAAGACCAAGAACGGUCUGUCUCCCAUCCACAUGUCGGCUCAGGGGGACCAUGUGGACUGUGUGAAGCAGCUGCUGCAGUAUAACGCAGAGAUCGACGACAUCACGCUGGACCACCUGACGCCUCUGCAUGUGGCUGCGCACUGUGGACACAACCGCAUGGCCAAGGCGCUGCUGGACAAAGGCGCCAAGCCCAACUCCCGCGCACUGAACGGCUUCACUCCUCUGCACAUCGCCUGUAAGAAGAACCACGGGAGAGUGAUGGACCUGCUGCUCAAACACUCUGCUUCACUGGAGGCCGUCACAGAGUCGGGCCUGACGCCGCUCCAUGUGGCCUCCUUCAUGGGUCAUCUGAACAUCGUCAAGAACCUGCUGCAGAAAGGAGCCUCGCCCAGUGCCUCUAACGUGAAAGUAGAGACCCCACUUCACAUGGCGUGCCGGGCGGGCCACAUCGAGGUGGCUGACUUUCUGCUCCAAAAUGGUGCACCGGUGGAUGCUAAAGCUAAGGACGACCAGACGCCCUUGCACUGUGCUGCUCGCAUGGGCCACAAAGAGCUGGUCAAGCUGCUCCUGGACCAAAAGGCCAACGCCAACUCCAGCACCACGGCCGGACACACGCCGCUGCACAUCGCUGCCAGAGAGGGCCACGUGCACACUGUACGAGUCCUGCUGGACACCGAGGCCCAGCAGACCAAGAUGACCAAGAAAGGCUUCACUCCUCUUCACGUGGCGUCCAAAUACGGCAAAGUGGACGUGGCCGAGCUUCUGCUGGAGAGAGGCGCCAACCCCAAUGCGGCAGGGAAGAACGGCCUGACUCCUCUGCAUGUGGCCGUCCAUCACAACAACCUGGAUGUAGUGAACCUGCUGCUCAGUAAAGGAGGCACCCCACACAGCGCCGCCAGGAACGGCUACACGGCGCUGCAUAUAGCCUCUAAGCAGAACCAGCUGGAGGUGUCGAGCAGCCUGCUGCAGCACGGGGCUUCUGCCAACGCCGAGUCUGUGCAGGGAGUGACCCCUCUGCACCUGGCCGCGCAGGAAGGACGCCCCGACAUGGUGACGCUGCUCCUGUCCAAACAGGCCAACGUGAACCUGGGCAACAAGAGUGGUUUGACGCCGCUGCACCUGGUCGCUCAGGAGGGACAUGUGGCCAUUGCAGACAUCUUGGUCAAACAAGGAGCCUCCGUCUACGCUGCGACCAGAAUGGGAUACACCCCCCUCCACGUGGCCUGUCACUAUGGAAACAUCAAAAUGGUCAAGUUCCUACAGCAGCAACAGGCCAACGUCAACAGCAAAACCAGGUUGGGCUACACGCCGCUGCACCAGGCGGCUCAGCAGGGACACACCGACAUCGUCACACUGCUGCUGAAGCACGGAGCUCAGCCCAACGACACAACCGCGAAUGGGACCUCAGCUCUGGCCAUUGCCAAGCGCCUGGGCUACAUCUCUGUGAUCGAUGUGCUGAAGCUGGUCACUGAGGAGAACGUGUCUAUGUCCUCCACGGAGAAGCACCGCAUGAGCUUCCCCGAGACAGUGGACGAGAUCCUGGAUGUGUCUGAGGACGAAGGCGAGGAGCUGCUGGGGACCGACGGGGCCAGGUACAUGAAGGCGGACGACUCCAAAGACCAUGACGACGAUUUCCUCUCCCCCAAGAAAUCACUGGAAAACUUCUCCCCAGCACUGCCCCGGAUCCCCCGCGUGUCCCCAGAGACCGUCAUCCUCAAAGAGCACGAGAUGGAGCAGCAGCACACUCCUCUUCCACUGCCAAAAGAGUACGACGAUGACUCUCUGAUCCCCAGCAGUCCGGCCACAGAGACGUCCGACAAUGUCAGCCCCGUGGCCAGUCCCAUCCACACAGGGUUCCUGGUCAGCUUCAUGGUGGACGCUCGUGGCGGCUCCAUGCGCGGCAGCAGACACCACGGCCUGCGCGUCAUCAUCCCGCCUCGCACCUGCGCCGCCCCCACGCGCAUCACCUGUCGUCUGGUCAAACCACAGAAGCUCAGCAGCCCGCCGCCGCUGGUGGAGGGGGAGGGCCUGGCCAGCAGGAUCAUCUCUCUGGGGCCCGCGGGGAUGCAGUUCUUAGGGCCGGUGAUCGUGGAGAUCCCUCACUUUGCCGCUCUGGGCCGAGGCGACCGAGAGCUGGUCGUGCUGCGCAGUGAGAACGGCAACGUGUGGAAGGAGCAUCGGAAUCGCUAUGGAGACGAGGUCCUGGAGACUAUCCUCAACGGCAUGGACGAGGAGCUGGAGAGCCAAGAGGAACUGGGUAAAAAGCGUAUUCGCCGCAUCAUCUCCACAGACUUCCCGCUGUACUUCGCAGUGGUGUCGCGCGUGCAGCAGGAGAGCGACCUGAUUGGUCCAGAGGGCGGCUCUCUGACCAGUAAGCUCGUUCCGCAGGUCCAGGCCACGUUCCCAGAGACGGCGGUGACCAAGCGCGUGCGGCUGGGGCUGCAGGCCCAGCCGGUGCCUGAUGAGCUGGUGGCAAAGCUCCUGGGGAACCAGGCCAACUUCAGCCCCGUGGUGACGGUGGAGCCGCGCAGGAGGAAGUUCCACCGACCCAUAGGUCUGCGCAUCCCACUGCCCCCCUCCUGGAGAGACAGCCCCCGGGACGCAGGGGAGGGGGACACCACCAGCCUGAGGCUGCUCUGCUCCGUCAUAGGCGGCACGGCUCCUGCGCAGUGGGAGGACAUCACUGGGACCACGCGCCUCGUUUACUCCACCGACUGCGCCAACUUCACCACCAACGUGUCCGCACGCUUCUGGUUGGCCGACUGCCCCCGCACCGCUGAAGCCGUGUCCUUCGCCAGCCUCAUGUACAAGGAGCUGUCCGCGGUACCGUACAUGGCCAAGUUUGUGGUGUUCGCCAAGAUGAACGAGGUGCGCGAAGGCCGCCUGCGCUGCUACUGCAUGACGGACGACAAGAUGGACAAGACCCUGGAGCAGCACGAGAACUUCACAGAGGUGGCCCGCAGCAGAGACAUCGAGGUGAUGGAGGGGAUGCCUCUUCAUCUGGAAUGUUCUGGAAACCUGAUCCCAGUGAGGAAGGCCACAGCCCUGCCUCGCAGCUUCAGCUUCCAGGCCUUCAGGGACAACCGGCUUCCCGUCUCUGUCAAGGUUCGAGACAGCAGCAAAGAGCCGGCGGGUCUGCUGUCGUUUCUGAGGAAGACCACCAAGUACGAGGACAGUCAGCACGUCCUGUGUAACCUGAACAUCACCAUGCCCCCCUGCAUCAAGAUGAUCGGGAGUGAAGACCGGCGGAGAACCCUGACCCCGUUGGCUUUGAGGGAGCGAUACAGCGCCCUGAACGAGCCGGCCAUGGCCUCGAUGAGUGCCAUGGAGCGCACGGAACUCAAGAUGGCGGUGAUCGCUGAGCAGCUGGGGCUGAGCUGGGCCGAGUUAGCCCGCGAGCUCCAGCUCAGUGUAGACGACAUCAACAAGAUCCGUGUGGAGAACCCCAACUCUCUGCUGGAACAGAGCUCUGCCCUGCUGAACCUGUGGGCCACGAGGGAGGGCAAGAGAGCCAAGAUGGAGAGUCUGUACGCAGCGCUCAAAAGCAUCGACCGCAUGGACAUCGUGACUCUCCUGGAGGGUCAGCCAGCGGCCCAGCCCGGCAGGCCGUCCCGGGACAUGAGCCGGCGCAGGCACCCAGACCGAGAGCACCUUUCCCCGGGUAUGACCAACGGUUACGGGCUGGCCCAGGACGAGCUCCUGUCCCCCGCGUCCAUGCAGUACAGUCUGCCCUCACCGCUGGGGGCCGAGCCUUACUGGCAGGAGGUGUCUAGCUUGGACUGCGCGCCCAUCGCCACCACAGAGGAGGACACGCUCAUGGAGAUGUCUGACGUGCAGGUGUGGCCCUCUGGAAACAGCCCCUCGCUGGUGCAGGUAGAGGACUCCUCUCUGGAAUGCAGUAAUGCGGAGGACUCGGAGGGUCUGCUGGGACUGCCUUAUGGCAGUCUGGGGCGCCCUGCCAGCCAGGCCAGCGCGGCCAGCGGUGGGGGCGGGGGGCUGAGCUCCAUAGAGCUCCCGGAGGAUGACUCUGAGAUGGGCGCAGACUCGCUGAGCACUACCACUCCGGCCUCACUGGGGGGCACCAUCGCCGGCAUGAGCUUAAACUCCACGGGUCAGGGGUCAGAGCACAACACGGAGCUGUCGGCUCUCACCAGUCAGACAGGAGACGGAGCAGGAGGAGGGACCCCAAUGACCCCCGGGACCCCCGGCUCAGAACAAGCCUCUAUCAUUACAGGACAACAGCGAGUGUACGCACGCCUCAGCCAAUCAGCAGCGCUCAGCUGUGUCAAUGAGCGCAACGGAGACAGGUGUAGUAACAGUGGCAGUGGGGGUAGCGCAGGCAGCGGGGGCAGUGGCGGGUCCUUCCUGUCGUACCUCCAGGAGCAGGCUGGUCAGCCCUGGACCCCUGUGACUGACCCGCAGGCCUGGGUAGGGUCUCAGCCCAAAGUCCAGCAGGCCAUGGACGCUGUAAUGUCGUCGGUCCGAAAUGCCAUGGAGGUGGAGCACAUGGCCCAGGAAGCACUUCUGCAGCCGGUGCGGGACAUGGGCCACUCGGAGAUCCUGCAGGGAGACUUUCGAGGGACGCAGCCAUUUGAGAAGGGCCUGGGCUUUCCACACAGGGUCCCGGAGCUGAGGGCCUGGGAACACAUGCGUCUCAAGGGACAGUCCUCCAGAGUGAAGCCUGUGGUAUUUAAAGCACAGGGCAGGGAUCUCCAUGAGCGUGGGUCACAUGGCACCAGUGAGGGCGCAGCUGUGGGGGGCGUGGACAGAAGUGCAGACUGA